GGGUUGGGCGAGUCAUAUGAUGAUGAUGUGAGAAGAAGGCUGCUGCACACUACAAGACUGUAUUCACGAACCUUCUGGCACAGUGACACUUGAACAGGCGGAUAGCCAGCGUGUACUUGUGCAGGAGAAGGAAUGUAACGAUGUCUCCGGGUUGUCGUUCCAUCUCACAUUUCAUCUUGGACCUGUUCUCGUAUAGUCUGGCCUAAUGCGUUGUUGAGAGAAUGAAAGGAUGGCCGAGCACCGAUGAGGGAACUACAAAGGGGCUGAAGGACUGUGCUGCAUCGCUUGAACGGGAUGAGCAGCAAGAAAAAAACACAGUCAAUCCGGCGGAGGACGCAGCUGUGGAGUGUCUCUCUUUGGGGGAGAUACUGAGGCUUUAUAACCAGCCCAUCAACGAGGAGCAGGCAUGGGCGGUGUGUUACCAGUGCUGCAGGACGUUGGCGAGGGGAGACAUGGGCAGGAGGAGCUCCUCCACCGCUGCAGGAGCAUCAUCAGCCGCACUUCUGUGGAAAAUAACCGGACCGGGGGAUGUGAAGAUACAGAAAGACGGGUCUGUGAGGGUGGAACACCAGGACUGUCAAGGUAAAUCCAGCCCUUGCACGACAACAGAGGUGAUAGAGUCACUGGGCAUCAUGAUCUACAAAGCCCUGGAUUACGGGCUAAAAGAAAAUGAGGAGAGGGAGCUCAGUCCUCCUCUGGAGCAGCUUAUCAACCUCAUGACCAACAUUACCGAAGCUGAGAGAGACGCCUGCCCAGAUGAAGGCUAUGAAGCCACAGAGGAAGAGGAUGAGGAUGAGGCAGAGGAUAGCCCUGACAACCUCUCCAGUGUUCAUUGCUACAGAGAUAUCCUCAAGCUGUGCAAAACUCAUCUACCAAGGCUUUCAAACGCCCCCAGUCACUACCAGGCUGUUUGUCGGGCUCUGUACACAGAAACCAUGGAGUUGCACACUUUCCUGCAGAAGAUUAAAAGUGCCAAAGAGAACCUUCGUAUGAUGGAAGAACAGACAUCAGUGGACUCCAGUCAAGACCUGAAUGAGCUGCAGAACGCUGAUUGGGCUGGAUUUUGGGUUCAGGUGAUGAGGGACCUGCGUGAGGGAGUCAAGCUGAAGAAAGUCCAGGAGCGUCAAUACAAUCCUCUGCCCAUCGAGUACCAGCUAACUCCCUAUGAGAUGCUGAUGGAUGACAUCAGGGCGAAGCGCUUCAAACUGCGGAAAGUCAUGGUAAAUGGAGACAUCCCUCCUAGGUUAAAGAGGAGCGCUCACGAAGUCAUUCUCGAUUUCAUCAGGUCCAGACCCCCUCUCAACCCUGUCUCAGCUCGUAAACUGAAGCCACAGAGUCAGCCUCCUCCAACACUGCAUGAGCGGAUCCUGGAGGAAAUCAAGGCAGAGAGAAAACUAAAACCGGUAUCGCCUGAUGAGAUCCGCAAGUGGAAGUUGGGUUUUGGCAAAACUCGCAGUACCCCAAAGGAUUUGUUCCGUGUUGGAUUAGAUACGUUUAGUCCAUACUUGGUCAGGCGGGUGUCCAGCUCUCUGUCUCUGAGUGAUGGAUCAACAUCUGUCAGGGUUGAACCCUCCGGAUCUCAGUCUGCACCUCAGAGGAAGAGGCUCCUCAAGGCUCCGUGUCUCGCUGACCUGGACAGCUCUGACUCUGAUGAUGAGAUGGUUGGGCAGCGCUCAGCCAGCAGCUCCAGCGUUGCAACAUCCAUGAUGGAUGACACAUCCCCAGAAUCUGUAUUGGGGAAGAAGACUCCCCCCAUGUUCCUGCCCAUCUCCUCCACUCCCCAGCCAGAAAGGCGUCAGGCCCAACAGAGAAGACAUUCCAUUGAGAAGGAAACUCCCACCAAUGUUCGACAUUUUCUGCCGCCCUCCAAACAGAACUCCAGAUCCCUGGAGGAAUUUUGUUUCCCUGUCGAGUGUCUGUCUCUGACGGUGGACGAGGUGAUGCACAUAAGACAGGUGCUGGUUAAGGCAGAGCUGGAAAAGUUCCAGCAGUACAAAGAAGUCUACAACGCUAUGAAAAAGGGAAAGCUCUGCUUCUGUUGCCGGACCAGAAGGUUUUCCUUUUUUACCUGGUCCUACAUCUGCCAGUUUUGUAAAAAGCCUGUGUGUUCACAGUGCUGCAAAAAGAUGCGUCUACCAUCCAAACCUUAUUCAAGCUUGCCUAUCUAUUCCAUUGGCUCUAACAAAACUCUCCCCAGAGAGAGGGUUAGUGCUAUGGCUGCAAUUGGACAAGGGCUCUCUGUGGCUGGAGAACCAGUGGGAGGGGCCAAGGUGUACUCCGAUGUGAAGGCAAUGCCAAGAGUAUCUAAAGCAGCUGGGAAAGCCUCUGAAGUAGCUGCUGCACCUAAACCUGAAACACCCCCUUGUAGCACACAACGCCACAGCAUUCAGAAGACCAUGUCCAAGUUUUCAAAGCAUGGAUCAUUAAAGUCACAUGAAGAACUCGAACUUCCCUCAGAGCUGACCGAGGACUGGGCCACUAUGGAGGUGUGUGUGGACUGCAAGGACUUCAUCUAUGACAUUAUUGCCUCCAGCAAGCACAGCCUGUCACUGGCCACCAAGAGAGCUCGCUUAAAGCGGAAGACCCAGUCCUUCUACUUGUCCAGCCCCAAAGGAAGGGAGGAGUACCAGCCAUCUGAACGAACAAUCAAAGAGAUCUGAAACUCUUCAUGUCUGGAUAUUCUCCUGACCUGGCUGUUCACAUAUUGAGCUCACAGCGGGAGACUAUCCCACGAUGCUAUGACGAGAAUAUCUGCCUUUAUAUCAAUGCUACGCGUAGUUCAACGGAAUAACUAUAUCAACAAAAGAGCGUAGAACAACAUCCUGACUAACUGAAAACGUAAUGCAGCCGUUUAAUUACUUGCAUGGAGAACGUAGCAGUAUGCAGUUUAUGCACCGUGCAUCAGUUACAGUAUAUAAUGUCACUCCCCCUUCCCAUUGGCUUGAGGUGAAUUCUCCUGAAAAUAUCCUGCUGCAUUCUCACAUCAGCUCACUCGGACUUGCUGUGGAAAAAUACUAGGGGUCUGGCAGAAGAAACUGGUGAAUUCCAAGCACAAUAUUUGGCUGUUUGCGUUCACACAUACUGCUCCUCCUGGAAAUAUCAGGAGAUUUUCAGUCGCUUUCUGCAAGUGCGAAAUACCUAUAUGUAUGCUUACUUCGGUCAGGUAAAGCCUUGCAGAAUGCCUGAAUUGAA